AUGCAGGAGCUGAUACAGUCGCCGCCGCGAGAAAGAGGAGAUGAGAUUCACGGGGCAGCUACGCCCAUCUUGUGCUUGGUGCAGGCCUUCACGGACCUGGGACUGUUUGACGACGAUCUCGACUUAUGUGCUGCCGCAGCGCUGCAGCAUCUGGGACGUGAACUGGAUGCGAUGCAUACAAAAAAUGAUGUGCACCAUGACGGCCUUGCUACUAGCGAGCAGGAGCCACCAGCAGGGCAGCCGCAUGUGCAGUGGAGCAGCCGUCAUGUUAGCGUGAUCGUGAAGCCACCGGGCUGGUCAGUCUUCACGAGUACAGACGUGAUGGUGGGAGCAAAGCACCUCGUUUCGUGGGUACAGGCAAAGAGCCGACAGCCCAUCGUCCGCGAUCGGCAGGCCGACUACGGCUUCGUGCAUCGCUUGGACCGGAACACGUCGGGAUCCCUCUUGGUGGCACAGAGCUACGAGGGCUAUUUCGCAGCAAAGCUCGAGUUCAAUGCCCGCCGGGUCACAAAACAGUAUGUGGCCCUGUGCGAGGGCCAUUUCCCAAAGGACCUGAGGAUGCUAAGUUUCCCGCUUCUGACGGUCGAAAGUUCUCCAGGCACUUUUCGAAGCCUCGUCGACGAAGCGGGCCAGCACGCGAGAACAGAGGUGCUGCGUGUCGCACACCUCCGAGAUGCAUCGAGGGAGGCGUGGAGCCUCUUGAUUCUGCGGCUCCACACAGGUCGUACCCACCAGAUCCGCGCGCACUGUUCUGCGCUGGGCCAUCCCUUGGCUGCAGAUCAGGCCUACGGAGGCAAGAGCCUCGCGAGCUGCAAGCGUAUGCCGCCGGCUGGGUAG